AUGAUUUAUAGCCGAACACGAGUGGUGACAUGUCAAAAUAGGGAGAAUGGUUUUGGAUUGAGAUGUGGAUUGACCAAUCAAUUGUAUGAAAUGAUUCAAUGUGUGUUUUUAAACUUGCAUUUUCAAAAUUUGGUAAAUUCUCAGAAAGAUGAUCAAGUGGAAGGUUUUGGAUCGAAAGUGGUGGCCAUGUUAGAACCAAAUUUAUGUGUGUCUGGAUCGUUUACUUUGUGUUCAUGUGGACAUUAUCUUCCAUUUUCUAAAUUGUUUAAUUUUGACAAAUUCUCCAAACUUGUUGGAUCGAAACAAGUUUGGCAACGAAUCACCACACAAGUCAAUUAUUCAAGAAUUGAAGAUGUGUUUUGGACAAAUCAAGACAAGAUGGAAAAUCAAUUUCCAAGAUUGGAUUUUCCAUGGCAUCGAUUGAAUCGUGAUUUUUUUCUUCAAUUACUUCAAAAACGAGUGGAAUUGGAUGGAAAUUCUGUGAAUAUGAUCACAGCACUUGAAUUUGGAGAAAUGGAUUGUAUUAGAAAUGAAUUGAUCAAUGACAAUUCAACUCGAAGAGAAUUACUCACAAUCUUGAUUGCAGAAAAUAACUCUGAGAAAGAAAGCAUGUUACAACAUUUAGUGACAAUUGUGAGCAAGAAAUGCAGGUAUCGUGUGGAAGAAAUGGAGCGUGACGACAAGUUGAUGUCUGACAUUAACACAAAAAUAGAAGAAGCAGUGAAUAUGGAUUAUUAUACAUUCCACUCGUUUGAAGAAGCGAGCUCUAGCAAGUUUACAUUUUACAAUUCAAUAGUGAAAACUCAAAAAGACAACGAUUUAUCUAAGGUCAUCAAUUUAGGAAGAGUUUAUGCUUGGUACAAUCCAAUAUUACCUCCUGAAUUUCAAUUAUAUUCAGAAAUGUAUUUACAAUUGGAACCCAACAAAAAAAUGUCUGCAACAAUUGAUUACUUUUUGGAAUAUUUAAGAAAAGAAGCUAUUAAGAAGAAGUUUCAUGUGGAUACUACAAGUAAUAGAACCAUUGUCAUUCAUGUUCAAAUGCCUUCCGAACAAGAGACGAAAAUGUAUUUUACAUGUCAACGAUUACCUUUGAUGAACAACACAUUUGAUUGGGUGAAUUUCCUCAAAAACGAUGUCAAGGUUCAGAAAGGAGAUUCCAUUAUGGUCAUUGGUUAUGGUUUUCAACAUUUCAUCAGUACGGACGAAGAGAAAUUCCCUUCUCAAAAAGUUUUCGACCAACUCGGAGCAUUCCUUUUCACACAAACGGACAUUAUUGGACCAACACAUAUUGGCAAUAUUUACUACAAUUCACUCUAUGCAUUCUUUAUGAGCUUGAAAGUAGAUCUCUUUGUGUCGGGAGUGUGUGGUUCACAAUUUGGAAAUCAUGCCUUGUUUUUGAGAAGAAUGCAACACAAGAGGGCCUGUAUUGCCUCUCAUGUCGAUCAAAGUACCUUUUUCAGGGAAACUCCCAUUGCGAAAUACGGUUAUGAUGAGCAAUUGGUGCAACGACAAUUGAAUCGAACGAUGGAAGAAGUCUAUCAUUAUCCUAAUUUUGUGUAUGGAGUGUUAUUUAAGGCAUCUCGAUGCAAGUAUGACCAUGUGUAA